AUGUUUCAAAGAAACAAAAUGGCAAACCAAUCCACUGUUAUGGAGUUCCUUCUGAUGGGAUUUUCUGAUGUUCCUGAAGGACAGAUUUUGCAUUUUGGGAUAUUUCUCUCCAUUUACGUCAUAGCCUUAUCUGGGAAUAUUCUCAUAAUUGUAGCUGUGUCCCUCAACCACCAGCUUCACACCCCCAUGUACUUUUUUUUGGUAAACUUAUCCUUGUCAGACAUCUGUUUUAUUUCCAUCACUGUCCCCAAAUCCAUGGCCACUUCCUUAACAAGCAGCAAACUGAUUUCUUUCUAUGGGUGUGUCACACAGAUUUUCUUAGUGGUCACCUUUGUAAGUGCUGAGCUAGCCCUGCUGACCGUCAUGGCUUACGACCGCUAUGUAGCCAUCUGCCAUCCUCUACAGUAUACCUUGAUCAUGAAUUGGGAUGCCUGUGCUCAGAUGGCAGCUGCUUCCUGGGUAAGCAGUGUGAUGCAUGGAGUAAUAGAAACUGGUAUUACAUUUCAAUUAAACUUCUGCGGGUCCAAUAUUAUCCAGCAGUUUUUCUGUGAUAUCCCUCAGCUACAAAAGAUUUCUUGCAGUGACACAAAAGCAAAUCAAGUUCUGAUCUUUGUUCUUGGGCUCUUUAUAGAUUCCUUCUGCUUUGUGUUCAUCUUUGUUUCCUAUGGCUACAUCUUCUCUGCUGUGCUGAAGAUCCCAUCCGUUCAGGGCAGAUACAAAGCUUUUUCUACCUGCACUCCCCACUUGAUGGUCUUUUCCUUAUUUAUACUUACAGGUGUGUUUUCAUACAUGAGGCCCAAAGAACUUUCCUCUCCAACUGUGGACUUGCUCUCUGCUGUUCUGUAUGCUGUCUUACCACCAGUACUAAAUCCUAUCAUUUAUAGCCUUAGGAAUAAGGAAAUCCAAGAGGCAGUCCUCAGAAUACCAAAACACGUUAAAAAAUUUAUUGCAUGA